AUGAAUUCAGUUCAGACAAUAUUUUUUGGAAUACGUGAAUAUCUCAGCCCCGUGCUCAAGAAUUCAAAAUUUAAAGAAACCGGUUGCAUUACACCUGAAGAGUUUAUAGCCGCCGGUGACUUUUUAGUUUAUAAAUGCCCAACCUGGAAUUGGGAAAGCGGAGAGCCAAGCAAAAGACGCGACUACUUGGCCGCUGAAAAACAAUUCCUUAUCACAAGAAAUGUGCCUUGCUUGAGACGAGUUAAACAAAUGGAAUAUAUUGAUGAAGAUGCAGAAACUCAAAUUGAAACAGAAGAUGGAGAGGAAGCCUGGGUGGCGACUCAUAGUGGUCGCGCUGCGACGAACAUUGAGGAAAUUGCACAGCCAAUUGAAGGAGACGAAGAUGAAGUUAACAAGAGAAUAAGCAAAAUUGUACUGGAGGACAUAAAUGACAAAGAGGACGUUGAUAUUCCAGACAUGGAUGAUAUUCCAGACAUUGAAGAAGUUGAGGAUGAAGUGGUUGAAGAAGACGAUCCGGCGGCGUUGGGCAACGGGACUUCUUUAGACGAUGGCCCCAGUGACAAAAUUCUUCAAGUUCGGACAUAUGAUGUUUUUAUCACGUAUGACAAAUAUUAUCAAACUCCUCGCAUGUGGCUUUUUGGUUAUGACGAGCAUCGUCGACCGUUGACAUCAACACAAAUUUUUGAAGACGUUUCUCAAGAUUAUGCAAAAAAGACAGUAACAAUCGAAACUCAUCCACAUUUAAACAUGUCUUUAGCGAGCAUUCAUCCUUGUCGUCACGCUCAGGUCAUGAAAAAGAUCAUUGAAAAGAUGAAUGAAGAAAGUGUUAAAAAGUUUGAGUUGCUACAGCAACAAUCAGCAAAUGCACCACAAUUAGAACAAGCACAAGUGAGAGUUGACCAAUAUCUCAUUAUAUUCUUAAAAUUCAUGUCAUCUGUGGUGCCAACUAUUGAUUAUGAUCACACUAUCAGUGCCUGA